UGAGAUUGGUUUCUCUUUUCUCUCUGUCGUGUUUGAGAAGUUGAAAGAGAGUCUAGGAGAGAUGAGUGCCGAAGAUUUUCAGAAGAAGGUUUCAAUCAGUGAUCCCAUCGACGGGAAAAUGGAAAUCGAAUGUGUUGGGUCUAGUAGCUCCACGGGGGUAGCCUCUCGAACCCUGGUUUUGCUUCGGAGAUUGCUUGAGAUUCAGGAGCGUCGAGCCCAGGCCUACGCCAAACUCAAAAGAGGAUUCUCAGAGUAUGUGGAGACUAGUGGUGAAGCACUUUAUCAGAAGCUGUGCAGCGAGAUUACUGCUGAGUUCAACGAAUGCUCCAAACAAGUGCGCGAAAUGGAAACUCUGUUUCUGAAUCCAGAAGUUGGAAGAUCGGAUCUUGCUCAACUGCUCAGCGACAUUCAAACUCAGGAGAAGCAGAAACUGCAUCUGACGGUCACAAUACAGGUACUGAAGAAGGCAGGGAGGCCGUCAGAACGGAUGCUCACACAUGAGAACUGCAAGUUCAAGAAACCGAUGCAGCACGAGUGUGUUCAUCUUCAUGAGAUCACUGAAGCUGCAGGAACAGAGGAAGCAGAAGCGGAUGCUGAGUUCGACAACGCUUUAAAGGAAGCUAUUAGAGGAGUGCAAGACGCUGUGACUUGCAUCAAUGAGUAUUUGGAAGACAUUAGGUACGAGAUUGCAGCCCUUGAAGCCGAUUAACUGUGUCCCAAUCUCUUCACUUAUUUACCAUUCGACAGUCAACUUGAUGUUUUUAGAAGGAUGUGCAAAUGGGAUUUGUUAUUCUCAAAGUUAUCUUUUAGAUUGUCAGGCUUGAAGCUCUGUCUGGCGGAUAUAAAUACAGAAUAGCAAAUUCAAAACUUACAAAAAAAAGCACACUAUUUUGAAGUGAAACAAUGUUUUGAUC